AUGGGCGGGGGAGGCAAUGCUGUUAAUGCAGUAGAUGGGCAACAUCUGCCUACCAUCCAAACAGAGGCUCUCGGUUUUCAGUCGAUCGCUGGCGACGCCAAAGUUCGCCUCACGAGCCCGUGGCCCGAACAACCGCCGCGGACUGCUUCGCUCCUCAGCAUCGCUUCGAAAAGGGGACUUGCCGCCGCCGUUGGCCCUGACUAUAUUACUUUCGCCUCGACAGAGUCCAUACGCAAGGCCUUCGAGUCCCCCAAAGAGGGCGACUCUGACGUGCGCAGCUACGAACCACAGCUCAAGAUUCAAAUGCCCAUGCGCAUUUCGCAGCUCGCCUUCACCGCCGACGAAAACUACCUGCUUCUUUCGGCCGAGUCAGGUGGCGGCCUCGCCGUCUAUGAGGUGCAGUCGCUGCUGCAGGGAUCGACAAACUCGGCCUUUGAGUUGCCCACAAACGGCCAGGCGCUCCGCGUCCUCGCGCCUAAUCCGACCGCUGAGAAGGCUGAGCUGUGUGCUCUUGUCACAGACUCCGGGGAGCUCUUCAUGGCGAACCUACGCGAGAGGCAGGUGAGCAAUGUGCUCAAGUCACGGGUCAGCUGCAUCAGCUGGAGUGCCAAGGGUAAACAGCUAUGUGCUGGCCUCGCCGAUGGAUCCAUACACCAGAUAACGCCCGAGGGACAGGACAAGGCUGAGAUCCCCAAGCCUCCCAGUCUCGGAGACUGCCAUGUAACCUCUCUCACUUGGCUCGAGAACAACCUUUUCUUAGCCGUUCACUCUGGCAGUGACUCUCAGCCAGCUUCCAUCUAUCAUAUCAUCACCAGAGAGCCUCCUUCGUCAUUCAAAUUUCAACGGAUAGCCGAUCCCGUCGAGCCCUUUUCCGAUAAGAGGCCUCACCACAGCAUCUUGCGUCUGCGGAACUUUGAUCCGGACCUGCAAGACUUGCUCAUGGUCUCCUCGACAGCUUCCACCGACGUCGGUCUGCUUACUCGAUCUAAAAAGGCACUUGCCAAUGAUUGGCAGGCUGGCCAGGUUACAGGCAUAUUCACGACGACUGAGCUCCUUGAUGAUACGAGACGCCCAACGCUUCCCAUGACCGAGUCAAUGGACGAUUCCGUACCUGUUGGUGUAUGCUUGGAUUUGUCCAGUAAAGAGAAGGUGUAUCGCCCCCUGCCCUCAGACGAGGAGGUCAAUGAAUCACCGAGCCCGCUCCCAGGUCUCUGGGUGUUGACGCACGAAGGUAUUUUGUGUGCUUGGUGGUUCGUAUACGAGGAUUCUAUCAAGCAGGGAACUACCUAUUCUGGCCUUGCUGUUGCCAGCGACUCCGCAACUAUGCCUCCUCCUGCACAGCCCGCCAGCACUACUCCAGCGGCCUCUCCAUUUGCACCUGGCAAGCUGUCUGCUACCUUUGGAUCUCCUGCACCUGCGGCACCGGCCUUUGGAUCUUCGUCUUCACUUGGUCAGAAAUCUUCUCCUUGGGCCUCAGGGGGUGCAGCCACUGCUACCCCGUCACAGACGGGAGGUGCCACGUUCAGUCAAACCAGUUUUGGUAACGCGCCGUCGACACCAGCCCCUGCCUUUGGAAAACCGUCGUCUCUUGGCUUCGGCCAAUCCUCUCAGCUAGGCAUGAGAACCUCGCCUUGGAGUGCUGGGGGUAAUUCGACACCUGCAUUUGGACAGUCGAGCUUCGGCAGCUUUGCUAAUAAGAACAACCAAAGCCCGUUCGGAACUGCAGCAAUUUCCAAUGAUAACGAAUCUAGCUCCACGAAUACCACUGCUGGUGGCUUCUCCGGCUUUGCUAAAAACACUGGUGGCUUUGCAGCCGCAUCGAAUAACAGCCCCGGCACGAGCGUGUUUGGCAGCGGUGCUGCGAAGCCAACUAGUAAUCCGUUCGCCUCAGCGGCACCAUCCGCCGAGAGCCCGUUCACGCCCAAGGACAAGGCCGGCGGAAGCGUUUUCGGUUCUACUCCAUUCAAGCUCGAGAGCUCAUUCAAGCCGGAUCCAUCGGCCAAGGACGAUUCUAACACACCCACAGCUUCUGGAUCGAUGUUUGGUAGUGCGUUCGGGUCGGCACUGACAGGUGCUGGGAAUGGCGCAGACUCCUCCAAUGUCAUCGCUAAAGACGAGUCAAUGGCCGAGGAUGACGCCGAGCCGCAGGCGCCAGAACCUCCAAAAUCGAUCUUCGCAACCAAAACAGCUGAAGAAUCGACAACGCCAACAACUACGCCCGCGCCAAACCGCUUUGGAGCUGCCACCUCUCCAGCUCCGGGAACGUCUCUUUUCGGGCAGCCUACAAAGCUUAGCGGUCCCUUCUCCGGGGGCAGUCUAUUUGGAUCCAAUAAUGAUUCCAAUGAGCCCAAGGCAGCUUCAGGCUUCUUCUCGCAGACUACAGCCGUUCCCAAGACGGAGCCGCCUGUGGAGAAGGAGCUUGAAGCACCACUGCCUCCCGACGCAACUAGCAAACUAUCGUAUCCUCUGGCGAAAGCGAAGCAAGAGGAGUCGCCUCUUCCUCCCUUUUCACUUACGUCAAAGCCUGCGCAGCCUGUAGAGGAUAAAACCGUCCAGGAGAAAUCUGCUGAGGGUAAAUCCACAGAGGACAAAUCCGCCACGGAUGCUCCUUUGCCUCCGUUUACCAUGGCCCCGAAAGACGCCAAGUCAGCCGAACCUGCACCCCUCCCGCCGUUUACUGCGCCGAAGACGACCAAGCCCGCCGACGGUGAGGCUCCUUUGCCGCCUUUCACGCUCGGACAGACCACGAAACCCGCUGAAGCUGCACCAUCGCCACCAUUUGGAGCGGCCAAGACAACAAAAUCCGCCGAAGAGGCCCCUCUUCCUCCAUUCGCAGCGCCGAAGUCGGCAAAGCCUGCCGAGUCUGCGCCGUUGCCUCCUUUUACUCUGGUGCCGCAAAAAGCAGGUUCAGCGCUGCCUUCCGGAGAGAUGUCAGUUUUCAAGUCUACCAGGCCAUCAGGACCAACGCCAGCUUUUGUAGCGCCAACUGGCCCUCCCCCCAGCGACUCUGACGAUAGCGACGACGACGAUGGAGAGGAAGGCUCAGAAGGAGAGGCUGAAGGAGAGGAGGAUGACGCCGAAUCGGAGGGAAGUGGCGUUGAUGUCGCGAAAGAUCUCAGUCCAAGCACAACUGGUCUCGUGCAGACACCUGGUCUCACACCUCAGAGCUCAUUUGGUGGCAUGACCAGCACGACUCCUGCAACAGCCCGCCCGGAACACAAUGCCGUGCACCUGUCCAUCACGAGUCGCCAGCAAGAAAGCAGCGAUCCGUUCCUGUCGCAGCAGCGAAAGCUCCGCGAGCAGCAAGAAGCAGCCGAGGCGAAACCACUUGUUGACAAGGAGGAUGAAGAGAUACAAAAGAUCUUGUCUUCAGAAGUUGAGCCCACGCUAGAGUUGCAUGAGUUCAUCGCCCACUCAAAUGUGGCGCCCCCAGCAGAGGACAGCAUUCCUGCGCAAGUUGAAGCUGUUUACCGCGAUAUCAACUCGAUGAUUGAUACUCUCGGUCUCAAUGCCAGAGCCAUAAAGUCGUUCACGCAAGGCCACAGUGAGGCUCGUGAUGAAGAGGGUCGCAGUAUGGAGGAUCUCGAAAUCGCUGACGACUGGGUGCUUUGCGAAACAGACGACUUGGAAGAGGUGCUUUCGGGAGAACUCCAUGCUGACCUUGAUUAUGCGCGGGUUCGGGAUCUUCCCGAAAAGCUUGAGGCUUGCCAGGAGCUGGCGAAGGACAUGCAUCGGCUACGUGCUAAGCAGGAGGAUUUGAAGAGAGUUAUCCUCGUGCGUAUGGAUCCCGACCAAGCCGAUGUUACCCAGUCGCUUCCACUCAGCGCAGAGCAAGCCGCCCAGCAAAAUGAGCUGCGCCGCGAAUACACCAACUUUACAACGUUGUUAACCGACGCAGAGGAAGCUCUUACGUUGUUGAAGGCACGUAUCGCGUCAGCAUCGAGCGCGUCGGGCAAGACCGCUGGAACUGUACCUACGGUUGAAGCCAUAAUUCGCACCAUUACCAAAAUGACGUCGAUGGUUGAGAGACGCAGUGGCGACGUUGAUGUGUUGGAGACUCAGCUCCGUAAGAUGAGACUGGCAUCUGCCAGCCGCGAAGGCUCACCGAUGAUGACGCCUCAGGCUCGACGCAGCCGUAUGCUGUCGCCAGAUACGACGCCAUCCCGCACGCUGCGCCAAAGUAUUUCGUCCACCGGCGGUCUGCUGUUUGGUCAGUCGGUGCGCGCCACACCCCCUAGAAAGAAGCUCAGCGGCUUUAGUAAGGAAGAAAAGGGCGACCUCAUGGAUAAGAGAGCCAGAAGACAGGACGUCUUGCAAAAGCUGAGGGGCAGUGUGGAGAAGCGCGGGGUCAACGUUUGGAACAUGGAGGAUGUUGAAUAA